AUGGCACUGGACACAGCUCGCUGGACGCCGGACUGUCAAAAAUGGAUACAAGCUGAACAUGACAAGAGAUGUCGUGCCUACAAUCGAGCCCUUGACGAGCUCGAGUCUCUCGUCAUGCAGCGCCUUUUCAAGAUGGAGAAAUGGAACUUGAGGGGCACAGGAUACAAGAUGUGCACCGCAAUUGCUCGAGCGCUCAAGCCACGCAGCACUUCGAUUCAAGCGGCACUGUUGCAUUACAACAUCCUCGCUAAGCAACUUGGCCGCCCGCCCCUCUUGUUCACCCAAGUGCUCGAGUACUCGUUUCUCACCGAUUUCGCCCUCUUGUGCUACUUGAGGAACAAUAUUCUACACAAGUCUUGGUCAACACCCAACAUUCGGCAAGCCACGGUAAAGUGGUUGCUUGUACAGUGCGCGAGUCAAGAAAUUCACAGGCUUGACAUUGAGAUCCACCGUGUCUGGUCAGCUGUGCAUCUUGAAGUGCCCAUUCUUGAGCUUGCCAUUGAGGCCACUAAAAGACGAGGGGAAGAACUGCUAGCAUGCAAGAUGACCGCGGAGCUCAAGAAGAAGUGGUGGGUGGACGCCCGCCUUUGUGAAUGUCUCGCACAACUGGCCCGCCUGCCCGGUUUUUCAGGUACUUUACUCACUGCCACAUGUGUGGGUCAAGCAGGUGAUCCUGCCGCACAACUUUCUCAUCAAGUCCCAGCCCAUGGCGAGGAUGAUGCCUUGUCAGAGAAGGAGGUAGGCGAGGAGGGUGAGGUAGGCGAGGAGGGUGAGGAAGGCAAGGAGGACCUCGACAAUGAGCAGGUCACGGAGGUCGAGCAACUGGCGCAGGUCUUCUCGGAGCUCAAGACAAGUUGA